AUGCUGCCCCACACUGCAGGCAACAAGGGCUGCGGCGUGUGGAUGAUGUCCUCCAGCCUCCCACACCUGAUCAACAACCAGAUCAGCCACAACAGCAUCUACGGGGUGGCGGUGUUCUGCCGCAAGGACAACGCCGGUGACUACCCCCCCAGUCAAGGAGGCAGCGAGAGCUUUCAAGAAGAGAGGGAGGGUCCCGGUGGGGAGAAUGAGCCCGACAGCGAGGAGGAGUACCUGGCUGCCCGACGUCCCAUCAGUGUGGCGCUGGUGGAGUUGAACAGCAUCAACCACAAUGGAGCUGCUGGAUUGCACAUCAAGAGCAGUGAAGCGCUCCACAUUGUCGCCAACGUCAUUCACGCCAACCGCGAUGGCGGUGUGGUGGUGCUGCGGAGCGGCCAGCGGACGUGCCUUGCAAACAACAGCAUUUGCCGCAACGGCCGGGGAGGUGUGCUGGUCGAGGCCGAGUGCCAGGUGGAGCUGCGCGGCAACGGCAUCUAUGAGAACAGCAGCCAUGGCAUCGUCUCCAAGGGAGAGGGUGUCAUUGCAGAGAACGACAUCAUCGGCAACCGCAGAUGUGGCCUUCAGCUGCUGCAGGCAGCGGACAUGAAGGUGACGAAGAACAGGAUCCAGUCCUUUCGGGACUAUGCUAUUGCUCUCUUUGAUGAAGCCAAAGGCCUGGUGCAGGAAAACCUCAUUUUCCAGGGGAGAUCCAAGAAAUCCAUUUUGCUACCAAUAUCACAUGCAGAGGAUUGCAUCAUCCAAAACAAUGUGCUUCUCACCUUCAAGAAAAGGUUUGAUAUGGAGUGCAUGCUGAUCAACCCCCCAGCACGACCUCACAUCGAAGGAGGUGCCCUGGGGUCCUGCACAGCGGCUGGUGGUCAGAGUGUUUCCAGCAUAACCACCAGGGUGGAUGGGGGCUGCCACAACCACGGGAGCAUCUUCUGCACCAUUCUUUGA